CACACACUGAAAAGCACUUCGCCUGCUAACGAGUUGCGCCAACAACACAUGGGCAUACACACACGCACUUGCACACACAUUCGAAGUAGGCGUAUAGAAACACGUCACGAGCUGUGGAUGGUUUUUUUGAGCUCGAACAGCGCUGACCGGGGGGAACAUCAAUGGUGCCUUCGAAACUGUGACUGUACCCAUCCUCGAACCUGUCUUGAUUCCAUCCCAGUAUAGGUACGUGUAUCAGAUUUCGAACAAAAACUGUAGCGAUAUAUAAACCGAUACAAAACUUGUACCUGUUCCGGAACUUGUACCGAACCUGUCGGACCCCUUCCGAAUCCGGUACAGGUACGAGUACAAAUAUUUGCAUAGGAACUGUAAACAUAUAGAAACUGAUACAAAACUUGUACUAGUUUCGGAACCAGUACCAAAACCGAUCUGACGCCAGGAACUAAUUCUGCACUGUACUGUAUUAUCGCCGUUGAGGGACUGGUGAUGUUCUUGUCUUUGAAUCUACAACAGUACCGUACCUAUCCUACUCCAGUAACUGAGCCCGAACCUGCUUCCGUAGCGAAUGUGAAUGUCGGCAAAUAACGACAAAGCGCAACAGCAGAUCUAGUUUGCAUUUCGUCUACAAACGCACCCGCAGCAAAACGUAAACACAACAAACGCCCGUACGUCAAAACAAACCACCUUGCCCGCUGAACUGUCAAAAGUGCGCUGCAUCGUCGGCCCGAGCCGUGCUUGCGGAUUGCUUUGCCGAAAGCCCGUACGACAAACUCACACACACACCACCAUGCACUGUGCCUUGAGACGACCCGCCCUCUUUCUUCAGCGCCGGCUGCUGGCGGUAGUGCAGCUAGCGCCCCACAACAACCUCCGCGCGUUCGGUGGAACGGGACAGCACGGGCGCAGUGACGGUUCCGGCGAGCACAGUGACUCCUGGAGCGCGCAGAAGGUCGGCCUCACCGCAACGCUCGCGCUGGCCGGCAUGUUCGGGCUGCUCGCCUACAACACCCGGCCCGACCAGAGCAAACGGAAAGCUACCGGCUGGCCAGCGUUCGGUUUCCUCCCCACCGUCAGUGCGAAAACGAGCGCGACCGCGGGCAACCGCCAGCAGUACAACUUCAUUGCGGACGCGGUGGAAAUAUCCGCGCCCGCCGUCGUGUUCAUCGAGAUCCGGGACCGGCAGCGUGUGGACUUUUUCACCCGCGAACCGGUGACGGUGUCGAACGGGUCCGGCUUCAUCAUCGAGCGGGACGGGCUGAUCCUCACGAACGCGCACGUGGUGGUGAGCAAACCGCACACGCUGGUCACGGUGCGGCUCACGGACGGGCGCACCUUUCCCGGGCAGGUCGAGCACGUCGACCCGACGUCCGAUCUGGCGACGGUGCGCAUACGGUGCGACAAUCUGCCCACGCUCCGGCUCGGCAGCUCGGCCGAUCUGCGGCCCGGCGAGUGGGUGGUCGCGCUCGGCAGUCCGCUCGCGCUGAACAACACGGUGACGGCGGGUGUCGUCAGCUCGACUCAGCGUGCCUCCCAGGAGCUGGGGCUGCGCGGUAAGGACAUCAACUACAUCCAGACGGACGCGGCGAUCACGUUCGGCAACUCAGGCGGCCCGCUGGUCAACCUGGACGGGGAGGCGAUCGGCAUCAACAGCAUGAAGGUGACGUCCGGCAUCAGCUUUGCCAUCCCGAUCGAUCACGCGAAAGCGUUUCUGCGCAAGAUCCAUGAAACGGCGGGGACGGCCGGCGGCCGGCGGCUGUCGAGCGGUGCGCCCAGCUACCGGCGCUACAUCGGCAUCACGAUGCUGAGCCUGACGCCGGACAUACUGCACGAGCUGCAGCAGCGCAACCACAACUUUCCACCGACCGUGCGCGGCGGCGUGCUGGUGUGGAAGGUCAUCCAAGGAUCGCCGGCGCACAGCGGUGGCCUUCAGCCGGGCGAUAUUAUAACGCACAUCAACGGGAAGGAGAUAAACAGUUCCGGCGACGUGUACGAGCUGCUGGCGGCGCAGGAGAAAAAGCUCGGCAUCACGAUCUAUCGCGGGCAGCAGCCGGCCACCGUGCACGUUUUUCCCGAGGACACGACCGCGUAGGCUUUCGCGACUGUGCUUUAAAUUUUACUUAAUAUUUUUAGUAUAAGCAUCACAACGGAUGUUUUGCAAGGCCAUUGCUGCAAAAUGUCAUUGUCAAUAUCAUGAAAAAAUCUGACUGAAACAAAAUCCAUGUCAGCGUCACGUACUAUAUUGUGAUCAGAAGUGAUACUCAAAAUGAUUGGUGUGAUCAAUGUACGCCUCGUGACAUUUUUGUGACCAUCGCUCGGUUAGUCACUAUGUCAUGAUUUUUUUUUUGCUGUGAUCAGUUCUGCAAAAAGUCACUGACAAAGUCAUGACAAAUUCCGGCUGAAACAAAAUCAUGUCAGCGUCACGAGCUCCUCUACUGUGAUGAUCAGAGGUGAGACUCAAACAGUUGGUGCGAGCAUGCUUGGUGACAUUGUGUGCAACCAACUCUUGGUCAGUCACUUGGUCGCGUCGCAGUCUUUCGGUCGGUGAACAUCCCGAUAGUCAUGGGAGAUAUACGGUGCGAGUUUCUGUCGGUGAUAUCAUGUUAUCUUAUGACAUUCUUCGUAUAUACUUGGCGUGUGGUCCCAUCCAGCAAAAUGAACAUGGGAUCUCGCUUUGGUUUACCCGACAGACCUUCAAACCAGACAGAGCGAGAAAGAAUGCUCAUUUUGUGCUUGGGACCACACGCCAAGUAUAUUCAAAGAAUGUCAUGAUAAGAUAUCAUGACAUAACCAACAGAAAAUGUCGUGAACAAAUGAGUGACCGAGAGUUGGGUACUUAACAAAAUGUCAUCAAAUAUGUGAUUGAUCCACCUACUGUAUGAGUCUCACCCCCUGAGCAUCACAGUUGUGUACGUGAGCUGAUUUGAGCUUCGUUUCAGUCAUGACUGUUGGUGGCAGCACUGUUCACAGUCAGAAAAAGUCAUGAUCACUCGCAUCUCAUGCCAUGACGCACUUUCGUUGAGUAUCAGCAAUGAGCGUCAAGCUACCACGGAUAUGUUCAUUGUUUUUUGUUGGUAAAUAUCUCGUGAUGAUCAUGACAUUUUGCAGCCCUGCGCAAGACAUGCUACCACGAUUAGUGAGAUUAGUGCAUUGGUGCGAGUAAGAGAACGACAUUUGCGAAUAUACGUAGACGCUAUUUAUUUUGCCUCACAUACAAAAAAAAAAAAGAAGGAAAACAAUUCUACCUCUACAAAACACACACUCACUGGGGAA